AUGGACAAAUGGGUAUUGCCAGUUUUGAGAUCUAGCUAUGAUUUCUUAAAUAACAAAUUGCAAAGAUUCUUCUUGUAUUGUGCUUUAAGUACCAAUGGAAGUUUUGACGAUAAUGGUGCUAAUCGUUUGAUAAGAAGAUUUGUUUAUGAAAGCAUUGAUGAGACAAAGAAGUUGAGGGUGCAGUAUAACGAAGGUUACAACAUGUUGGAUAAAUUAAAGAAUCAUAGCAUGUUGGAUUAUGGUGAUAAAUGGAUGAUAAACAAAUUUCUUAGAGCCCUUGCUAUUGGUAUUGUAGAAGAAACUUGUAAAAUUAUGGGAAAAGCUUAUAAGAAUUUGACAGAAAUACCAAGUGAUAACCAAUGGACAGAAGAUCUACAAAAAGUUUUUCUGACGGGAAACAACAUACAAACAAUUCCAAAUGGAACGUGUUUUAAGUGUUCUCAACUUUCGAUGUUGCUUUUGGAUUGUAAUGUAGAACUCAACCACAUUCCAGAUGAAUUUUUCAACAACACGCCUGCUCUCAAGAUACUUGAUUUGUCUGAGACUAUGAUUGAGCGUUUGCCUGCAUCGUUGUUCAACUUGAAAUGUCUGAUUGCAUUAUUACUCUCAGGAUGUACAAAAUUGAGUUACAUUCCCUCACUAGGAAAAUUGAAACGGUUAAUAUCAUUGGAUCUAUCUUCUACUGCCAUCACUGAAGCACCUACGGGCUUGGAAUCAUUGGUCAAUCUUAGACGCCUAUCUCUACUCCCUACAGAAAAGCUGAAAAUGUCAGCAUGGCUUCUAUCCACAUUGAUCAAUUUAGAGUGUCUUGAGGCGGGUUGGGCCCAAUGCUCAACGGAUGUGAUUGGACAAGGUACACAAGGUUUGAAAAGGUUGGAAGUUAUAGUAGCCCAUUUUCGUGACAUUAGCGUAUUCAAUAACUUUGUGAGCUUCCUGGCCCGUAGUUGUGUAACCAGAAGCUAUCUAUUAACUUUAGGGGGUGCAACAUACAAUCUACUACGCCGGCACUAUAUUCAUCAUUCUUAUGGUGGAGAAUAUUCCGUGAACAAGAUACUUAUUAAGAAUAUGGACUGGGGAAAUGAAAAAGUUAUACUCCCAGGAGGCAUCGAGGAGUUGGUUAUCGACAAUUGUGGCCGAGGGAAAGGUAAAAGAUCCCUAUGUAGUGUUUUAUCAUCUGGCCACAACAAUAAUCCAUCCCAAAUUAAACUGCUGGAAAUCAGCUUGUGUGAUGGUUUGGAGUGCUUAUAUUGUUGUAAUUGCCCCUUUUGCCCCUCUACUCAACUUGUUGGAUGUCUCAAAAUCAAUAUUUUGACGGGAUUGAAAGAUUUAGUGUCACCAUAUGCUGAUUCCUUGCAUCAAUCCAUCCUAUUUUCUCAUCUCACAGAUCUCAAUAUUGGGGAUUGCGACAGCAUGGAGGCUCUGAUGACACCCAAGUUACUGGCACACCUACAAAACUUGCGGACCAUUGAUGUUGAUUGUUGCUGGAACAUGAAAGAAAUGGUUGGAGCUGAAGAGGAUCAUUCUGAAUUGGAACCUACAACUGGUAGUGGCGAAAUGAUGGUCCUUCUGUCUAACCAACUUACUCACCCUACUCUCAUUCUCCCCAAGUUGACAUCUCUCAAAUUAAAUUUCAUGCCACAAUUAGAUGUUGUAUACAGAGGCGUCAUGCUCUGCCCUUCCCUCCAAACAUUCUCUGCUAAUAGUUGCCAAAAACUAAAUCACCCUCAGAUAACGAUCUCAAAUGAUGGAGGUGGGCUUCCGAUGGAGAAAACCCCAACUGGAUACCGUUGGGGAAUUAAUAUUGAUUAA